AUGUUGCCUCUAAUUGGCGAAACGUGGUCCACGGCCGCUCGAAGACUCAACGCUGUGGAAAAACGCUUCCGUGCCGACGCUUCUCUUCGCUCCAGUUACGUGCAGUUCAUGGAAGAAUAUCAGCAGCUCAGUCACAUGGAGGAGGUGCAGACUCGCGUCGCGUUGCCCCAGUUUUUCUUGCCCCACCACGCAAUCUCUCGUCCCGAUUCAUCAACCACAAAAACAAGAGUCGUGUUCGAUGGGUCAUGCAAGAGUAGCAAUCAUCUUUCAUUGAACGACUUGCUGCUUACAGGUCCAACGGUACAACCUACUCUCUUGGCCAUCGUUCUCAACUUUCGCCUCCAUCGAUACGUCAUGACAGCGGACAUAGAAAAAAUGUACCGACAAAUCUUGGUACAUCCCGACGAUCGACCACUACAACAAAUACUUUGGCGCCAGCAUGAGGCCGAUCCUAUUAGACAGUACCGUUUAAACACUGUUACUUACGGUACCUCAUGUGCGCCUUUUCUCGCGACAAGGACUCUGAACCAGCUUGCAGAAGACGACGGCAAGGAUUUUCCACUAGCAGCGCCGAUCGUGAGGGAAGGCUUCUAUGUAGACGAUCUGCUGAUUGGAUCCGACAGCGUGGAAGCCAUAGUGGAAUCAAGUAAACAGUUGAUCAGUUUACUCAGCCGAGCGGGAUUCCCACUCAGGAAGUGGAGUGCCAACCACCCGGCCAUUUUAGAACACAUUCCGGAAAAGGACCGUGAAACGUUAACAGUACUAGAGCUUGACCAAUCACCUUCAAUUAAAACUCUGGGUCUUUUAUGGUUUCCAUCGGAUGAUACGUUCGGUUUCAAGGUUCCUCAGCUACCAAAACUUGACAGAGUGACUAAACGCAUCGCUCUCUCUGAGAUGUCUCAACUUUUCGAUCCUUUGGGCCUCGUCGGACCAGUAGUCGCCAGUGCCAAAAUGUUCGUUCAGCAGUUGUGGCAAGAGAAUCUGAAUUGGGACGAUGAGCUUCCGAAUAAGUUACAAUCCUGGUGGCUGUCCUUCCGAGCAUCCAUUGGAGUCAUAAACAAUCUUCGUGUGCCUAGAUGGGUUCUAGGCUCUCCUUCUGAUUGCUACGAUCUUCAUUGCUUCACGGAUGCUUCUGAGAAGGGAUACGGGUGCUGCAUUUACGUCGUUUCAACUGCCGAUAGUACAAAAGCAAGCCACCUUCUUAUCGCCAAGUCUCGUGUAGCUCCAGCAGGUGGGCUCAGUAUUCCACGUUUGGAACUGUGUGCUGCUGUCCUGGGAAGCCAAUUAGCUGAUAGUGUUCUCAAUUCGACUAAAUUUACUGGAAAGGUGACGUUUUGGACAGAUUCCACCAUUGUCCUUCACUGGAUAACUUCCCCACCUUCUACAUGGAAGGUAUUCGUGUCAAGCCGCAUCGCAGAAAUUCAACGGCUUACUAAGAACUUCCAGUGGCGUCACAUCCCUACCACAGACAAUCCAGCAGAUCGAAUAUCAAGAGGAGCAGAGCCCCAGCAGCUACUGCAGGAUAUUCUUUGGUGGAGUGGACCACCUUGCCUGUUACUUUCAGCGGAAGAUUGGCCAGAUUCAAUUUUCGCAUUGUCACCAUCUAUGAUUGAGCAGCAAGUGACCGAACGCAAGUCAACCGUGGCCCUUCAUGUGCAUUCUCCUGAUGAUUCACUGAUCCAUGCAUAUUCAGAACUUGCUCCACUGCUGAGGAUUACAGCUUACUGCAAGCGAUUCGCAUCUAACUGUAGAGCUGCCAAACAAGAUCGUAAUUCAGGAAUGAUAACGCUACACGAAUACGAUAAUGCUCUAAAAUCGCUCAUCAGCCUUUCGCAACAAACUGCCUUCAACGUGGAGCUGCAAUACUUGCGUUGUCAAGAUGGAGGCAAACGUUCACUAAGGGAUGCUCAAUUUAAGUCGCCCAUCAAGAACCUCGAUUUGAUGUUUGAUUCAAUUGGUCUACUUCGCAUCCAUGGACGUCCCAACAAACAUUAG